AUGACAUGGAGCCCCCCCCUGCAGCUCAAGAUCGUGGCGCUUGCGCUCCCCCCUCUUGCCGAUGAAGCGCAAGAGAGCAUCGGCGCCGCCCUCGUGACUGACUUCCUCGUGCUCGAUAUGCCGCUGUCCAAGGCUGUGGAGCUGAGCCACGCUGGCUUUGUGGCGUUGUUAGACCUCGUGGGGAUGCGGGGCCUCAGGGACGCCGAGAGACGUUGGUGGACAGUCGACAAGCUCCUCCACAGUGAAAAAUAUUACUACAUGUGGGAGUUCUCGCUCGCGUUAGCGCCGGCCGUCCGCUGUGCGGAUCUGCGCAUGGUGCAGAGGAUCCUGCAACACUUUUCCGGGUGUCCAGUGGAGAAGGACGUUGUGGAGGAGUGUGGGUCCUUCAGCUACAGGAAGCGGACCCUUCGCGUGGGGGGAUGUGACGAUGAUGCAUCGCCUACCCAGCAACCUGCAACGAGCUACCUGCAACGAGCAACCUGA